GGGCCCAAGCAGGCAGCCCAGGCCCUGGCCCAAGCCGCCGCCGCAGACUGCGUUGGAGCAGCGCGCCGUGCACAAGUACGUGUUAGUGCCUUCCGCGCACCUGCAGCCGUGACGAGUCGAGUACGGAUACCCACAGUGUUUUUGCGAGUGUGACGAAGUGCCCCGCGCGUGUGACAGUGCUAGUGACGGUGUGUGCGUGUGUGAGUGUGCGUGACAGUGCCACCCUGUGACGUUCAAGCUGGAUGUGAUACUCGCCCGGCCCGGCCCUGAGCCGCCGCGGCCUCAAGCAGUGCACCAGGUGGAGGUCCGGCCGUGCCCCCAGGGCGCCGCUCAAGGCGGCCCCCGCGACACGCUGGCGGAGGUCAAGGGUGACGCCAUCAGGCAGUGGGUGGAGCAGGCUGCCGCCCUGGCCCUGGCCCGCUCCCCCAAGCCCAUCAACAACAACAACAACCACAUCACCAACAACAAUGAACUCUUGAAGGGCGGCAGCGUCUUCCCCGCGAGGCAGUGGUCGCCCACCCUGCAGCAGCCCCCCGGGGGGGCCGUGGUGGCGCCGCCGCUCCUGCCCUCGCCGGCGGGGCCCUGGUCCAGGGCGUCCGUGUCGCCGCCCGCCACCGUCGUCCCGGCGCCCGAGACGCCCACCGCCGCCAUGCUGGUGGCGCCACCCCGGGGCCUGGACGAGCAGCCGCUCGACUUCUCUGUCCCCGAGCACGUCAAGAAGAAUGGACUCAAGCACCUGAACAAUAACAACAACCACAGCCCCGCCACCAGCCCGUCGUACAUGCGCCAGGACGCGGCUUCGUCGGCGAGCUCGUCGGAAGACGAGGGCGUCGGCGGCAACACCGAGUCCUCGAACGUGGAGUCCUCGCCGUUGGCGGCGCACGAGGAUCGCGAUGUGGACCCCGAGAGCCCCCUGUACAAACCUAAUGACAAACUCUGGCUGUCCGGCGGUGACGCGCUGAGAUGGCACAUCCCCGAGGACCACCACCAUCACCACCAUCACCACCACCAGCACCAUAUCCACCGACACCACCACCGGGACGACCGGGACAGAAGUCGGGAGCGCGACGCCGUCCAGGACCUCCAGGCGGCGGCCGCCCUCCGCGCCAGGAUAGCCCUGGGUCAUGACCGACUGACCAACGGCGACGCGGCCAGCGACGAUGAGGACCGAAGCGUCGGCGGCAGCGACGUGGCCGACGACGUCCUCCACCUCGCCCAGGACGACGACUCGAGAGACUCCACCCGGAGGACGGAUGGUGACUCCCCCGCGGUGACGCGCGGCCCCGGCCUGCCCAGCAGGCCGUCCACCUCGCCCUCGUCGGGCAUCAGCAGCCACGUGACCUCGUCGGCGGGCGCCUCGCUCGGCGGCAGCCCCGCCACGGGCGCGGGCGCCGGCCUCGGCGCCAACCCCAACCUCAGCGCCAUCGCCGCGCUGCAGGCCGGACAGCUAUCGCAGAUGAUGGGACUCAACCCUCAGAGCCAGCUCCUCCUCCAGAGCCAACUGGCGAACGCGGCCGGGGCGGGCCUUCCCUCGUCGCUGGCCGGGCUCGCGCCCCAGGAGCUGCAGGCGGUGCAGCAGCAGCUGCAGCAACACCACCAGCAGCUCCUGCAGCAGCUGCUGCUCUUCCAGCAGGCGAGCGGCGGCCCGCAGAUGCCGGCGCAGGCGCAGUUCUUCCUGCAGAAUCAAGUGCAGCAGUCGGUGCAGCAGUCAGUGGCCCAGGCAGCUCAGCAGCUGCAGCAGCUGCAGAAGCAGGGCGCCGUCUCACCGCCCGCCAGGCUAAGCUCGUCGUCUUCGGCAAGAUCGUCGGCGUCGUCCGCGGCGCGGGACUCGGACGCGUCCGCCCGGGACAGUCCGCCGUCCGCCGCCACCCUCCAACAGCUGCGGGCGCAGCUGCGGGGGCAGCUGGGAGGUGCGCUUCCGGGUCAGCUCACCCCUAUGGCCAGCAAGCAGCCGCAGCCACGCGCUUUGGAGCCCGCCUUGGAGGAGACGACCGACCUCGAGGAGCUCGAGCAGUUCGCGAAAGCUUUCAAGCAACGGCGCAUCAAGCUUGGGUUCACGCAGGGUGAUGUCGGUCUGGCCAUGGGUAAACUCUACGGCAACGACUUCUCGCAAACGACCAUUUCGAGGUUCGAGGCCCUCAACCUAUCGUUUAAGAACAUGUGCAAGCUGAAACCGCUCCUCCAGAAGUGGCUCGAGGACGCGGACAGCACCAUGGCGAACCCCAACUCACUCAACAACCCCCUGACGACGCCCGAGGCCAUUGGGCGGCGGCGGAAGAAGCGGACGUCCAUCGAAACGAACGUCCGGGUCGCCCUGGAGAAGGGCUUCAUGGCCAACCCCAAGCCCACGUCGGAGGAGAUCACGAUGUUGGCCGACAGCCUAGGCAUGGAGAAGGAAGUGGUUCGGGUGUGGUUCUGCAACAGAAGGAGAAGAGAAUCAAGCUUGACGUUCCCGGCAUGGAGGGGGGCCAACAAGACUUCCCCAUGGACCUCCUCCAACCCCGCGAACGCGAGCGCGACCAGCCCUCCGUCUCCCCCUCAGCAGUCUGUCGGGACCUGGCCAGAUAGCCGGAGGCGUCCGGAGGGCCUGGCGUCACCCAAGCCGUCGGCCAAGUCGUCCGGACUCCCCUCAGCAUACCAAGCUACCUGCCCUCCACAUAUCGAGUGGCGGGGCCCGCGUCUGCCCCCCCGACAGUCAUGGCUGGACGAAGCCCCACCUACUAAAGUUCCUCUCUACAGUACCAAAUAAUGUAUUACUAUGACGAGUUAAGAGAGAUACUGUGUUUUAACGUUAGAGUCUUCUAGUUAGAGUGAGAAGUAGGAUAGGCACUGCUUACCCUCCAGGGCGAGCGACUCUCCGAGCGGCUCAGUCCCCUUCCUCGGGGCGUAGCGAGGCCCUUGAUCUCGCCUUGCCCUUAUGGCGCCUCUCUCGCCCCCCCCCCCUUUCCCGCCAAGCCGCGCGCCCCGCCCACCCCGUGCCGACAGUUGGUCCUGAGGAUGGACCGCUCUGGGCUGGGAUGGGCGAGGCCUCGCGGCACGGCCCCUCUCCCCUCCCCCGGCGCUAACGAGCCUCUACCUGUCUGCAGGGAGAGACUCACGAUCCCUGGAGGAUAGCAGUGAGUCAUGUUAACCCAUGUUUGCCUAAGUUUGUUUCUCGCCCAUUCCCACCACCGCAAAUCUUAUUGCGACAUUGUUUCGCCCAUGUUUUUAAAUCACCAAAUACCUGACCAAAUAAUGGUUGGGAGUACCUGAUAAUGUGGGCUAUUCUCCUUUGAUAUUAAUCUGUUGUGUUCUUGCAAAAGCUACUUGUGGCUGAGUCCAUAAAUCAAUUUUGAGUUAACAGUUUUCUUUUUUGUUUUUUCCUUGUUUAAUUUGCUCAACUCAUUAAAACUUAGUUGUCAUAUCUUAUGUGAUUGUAAGCAUGGGGUAGAACUCGUGAGUCGGGAAAUUUGUCUAGUUGUAUGACUGAUUUGUUGUUUUCAUAUGUUUAUUAUUAUUACAGAUAAUACUAUUAUUACUGUUUUCCCUUUUUUCCGAAAUUAGGGCCUUAAGUACAUGUUCGUGAUUUGUCUAUGUAUACCUUUUUUGUGAAAAGUGAUCCAUACUUUUGCCAUUGACAUCUGAUAAUGGAAUGUGAAACCAAAGUUAUUCUAUGUAUACCUCAUUCAUUCCUUUAUCGUUCCAUAAGAAUUUUACAGCUUUUAAACUAUUCCUAAGACUGCAACAAAUCUAAAAAUCCGUGAUCUUUUGAAUGUUUAAUUUAUUAAAUAAAUUCUAUUCAAUCAAUCUAAUUCGGUAUACUAAUUUCCAUGUUAGGUGGUGUUCGACCAGCAUAGCUUUGCCCUAAUUAGUGAGAAAAAAGACAUUUGACCUAUUAUUUGUUUUUGUGCAGAAUGUUAGCAAAAUUUUCAUUCGCAAUUUUAUAAAAAGUAGGCGAUGAAUAAAAAAGUUUAUGUAUAGUGCAAUUCAAUCUGUGUACAUGAUUUGUAUAUGUGAUAUUUAAAUGUUUGGGACUAGUUCGUCUCUAGCUAUACGCAUUUUAUUUGGUCAUUUAGAAAAUGUUUAUUUAAAUUAUAUUUCUGGUAAGAAUGUACGGUAUAUUUGUUCCUACCUCAUGAAGUUGUUGUUGCAACUGGUUAUCAGCAUAAGCAGCAGAAACUAUCAAAGUACAGGGUAACAAAGUCAUUAUAUACGUAUGUGUGUAUGUAAAUGUAUGUACUGUAUGUAAAGUAUGUAUUAUCGGUGUGGCCAUGAGUUUUGUGUUAAUAAUUCCUUAAAAUUGUAGAGAAUGCAGACUCAUUUCUACUGUAAUUUUGUUUUGAAAUUCAAACAAAUACAUGCCUUCGAUUAUU